UGCCCAUACUCUGUGACAUCAUUGGACAAAGGAGGCAUCAAGUGGAGUGAGGCCGAUGUAGGCAUACAUUAUUGGCCAUGUCCUUAUAACAAUCCACUUGAUCACCCUAUGCCAGUGGCCUCCAGAAAUUGUUCUCUUGGUGCCAACGAACGGCCUGUUUGGGGUGAAGUAAAUGCUUCACUGUGUCUCACUAAGGAAGCAGCAAAUAAACCAAACAUUCUGGAAGUCUUUGAAAGGAAUAUAACCAAAGGUAAUGCAAAGGUUGCAUCAGACUAUCUGAGGAUGAUUACAAACAGUUCUGGCAAUCUCACUGCAGAGAUGGUGCACAAAUCAGUGUCACUUCUGGAGACUCUCACCAAAGAAGAAAUCCUUCAGGAGCCAGGUGUGGCCACUAAUGUGAUUGACUGCAUCAGUAAUCUGAUUAAUGUGGAUGGUAAAACUCUGCAGCAGUCAGAGACAGAAAGACAAGUGUCUACCAGACUUCUCAAAGUGAUUGAUUCUGUUGCCAACAAAGCACCCUUGACUGAUGGAAAACUGGAUAUAUCUACCCCAAAUCUGGCUGUAGCUGCCCUGAAGCUGGAUGUCACUGAAAGAAGGGACAUAACUCUGGUCACUUCACCAGACACAGGAAAUGAGAAUAAUGUUACUGUUGAUGUCUCAAUGGGAGAUAACCCUCAGCUUGCCAACACAACCAGCUUAAAGAUUCCAGUGGUAGCAUUAAUUAAUUCGAUGAACGAUGAACAGAAGCGGAACCUCAACAGAAUUUCAUUCACAGUGCACCGUUCAGAUAUUUUAUUUUCUGUGAUAAGAAGCAGUGGAAAUACACAAAGAAUCAGUGAUGAUGAUGAUAAUGAUAAUCAAGUUCGUAAUAUUGGUAGUUAUGGUAAUGAUAAUGAAACCAGAAAAAAUGAAUCAUAUACCCUUGUAACUAAAAUCAACAGUCAUGUUGUGUCUGCAAGUGUGCCAGGGGUCAAAAUUGAAAAUCUGAACCGCAACAUUACAAUGAACUUUGAGCACUCAAACAAUAAAUCUGAGAAUGCCCGUUGUAUGUUUUGGGAUGACAAAUUAUCAGAUGGUAAAGGUGACUGGUCUAAUGCCGGGUGUGGUGUUGUGACAUCCAAUUCACAAAGUACUACCUGCGGUUGUAACCAUCUGACAAAUUUUGCCCUGCUUAUGGAUGUGUAUGAGCAAGGCAGCAAGUUAAGUGCCCUUGAUCGCCAGAUUCUCUCCAUUAUUUCUUACGUUGGCUGUGGAAUUUCCUGUUUUGCUCUUCUAAUAACCCUGAUAACUUACGGCGUAUUCAAAAAACUGCGACGAGACAACCCAUCUAAGAUCCUCAUCAACUUGUGCCUGGCAUUGUUAUGCUCCAAUCUGGUCUUCCUACUGGGCAUGCAGGACUACUCUUUUGGUAAUAUAGCUUCUUGCAAAGCUGUAGCAGUUCUGUUGCAUUACUUCCUCCUGGCCUCCUUGACCUGGAUGGCGGUGGAAGCAUUCUACAUGUACUUGGCUCUAGUGGUUGUGUUCAAGACCUAUUACACCAACUUUAUCCUCAAAUGUUCACUGGUUGGCUGGGGAGUUCCAUUAGUCAUUGUUAUCAUCACACUGGGUGUAAACAAAACUGACAAUUAUGGUUUCAUAAACAGUGGCAUGUGUUGGUUGAAGAACCCAGCUUUCUAUGCUGCAUUUCUUGCCCCAGUCUGUUUGAUUUUGUUGAUAAACUGCAUGGCUUUCAUCCUUGUUGUCAAGCAACUGGCCAGCAUGUCCAGCAUACGGCUAAAUAAGACAGAGAGAAACAGCACCGUUCAGCGUCUGCGGGGAGCUGUAGGGGUUGUCAUCCUUCUGGGGCUGUCCUGGAUAUUCGCAAUAUUUGCCAUAGACCAAGCCAGUGUUGCCUUCUAUUACCUGUUUGCUAUAUUCAACUCUCUGCAGGGACUAUUUAUUUUCAUCUUCUACUGCCUACUGAAGACUGAUGCAGUUGUGGCUUUGAAGAGGUCACUGCCUUGCUUUGAGGAAUAUGGAGAAAGCUCAAAGUCUUACUCUCAUAGCAAAGAAAAAACUCCAGCUUAUGAAGAUUCUGAAAGAAUGGAUGAAUCUGCAGCAGAACUUCCCACCGGAAUACGAGAUACAAGUUUCUGUAGAGAUUCAUCAGAUGCAAUAAGUGGUUCUUUCAACAAUAUAGGCCACACCUCUUCAGCUGA